CUGCUUGAACCAAGCCAGUGAAAGAGAACCCGAAAAAAGCGCAUAGUGGACUCUGUAUUCAAGGUGAAUGCUAACCUUGCAGUGUAGCAUACUGACAUCGACAGAAAGAAAGAAAGCGGCAAGCUUAUUCCGCGAGUUAAGAGAAAAUGGAGGUUCCACGUCUGGGACACAGCAUAAGCAGCCCGACGAGCCCUUGUGAGACCAUGGUCAAGAAUCUCAGCUUGGAGGCGAUUCAGCUUUGUGAAAGAGAAGGAAAUAAAUCUCAAGACAGCGGGAUUGCAGAGAUGGAGGAGCUUCCAGUUCCACAAAACAUCAAGAUAGAUAACAUCACAUGCGACUCCUUUAAGAUCUGCUGGGACAUGGACCCAAAGUCCAAGGAGCGCAUCACACACUACUUCAUUGACCUUAAUAAGAAAGAGAAUAAGAAUUCAAACAAGUUUAAACAUAAGGAUGUUCCUACAAAACUGGUGGCCAAAGCAGUGCCUCUACCCAUGACUGUGAGGGGCCACUGGUUCCUGAGCCCUCGAACCGAAUACACAGUUGCUGUUCAGACUGCCUCGAAGCAAAGCGAUGGGGAUUACGCUGUGUCUGAAUGGAGUGAAAUUAUAGAGUUCUGCACUGCUGAUUACUCUCCAGUGCACCUGACACAGUUGUUAGAGAAAGCUGAAGUGAUUGCAGGGCGAAUGCUGAAGUUUUCACUGUUUUAUCGAAACCAGCAUAAAGAAUAUUUUGAUGAAGCCAGAUUGCAUCAGGGGAAUAAAAUGAUGCCCUCAGUAAAGGAUAACAGUGGGAGCCACGGCUCUCCAAUCAGUGGCAAACUGGAAGGCAUCUUCUUCAGCUGCAAUACCGAGUUUAAUACUGGGAAGGCACCUCAAGACUCGCCAUAUGGAAGAUACCGAUUUGAAGUCCAGGCUGAAAUACUUUUUAACCAAAAGACUAACCUUUACUUCGGUGACUUGUACUGUAUGUACACAGCCUACCACUAUGUCAUCCUUGUCCUCGCCCCCUCUGGUUCGCCAGGCGAUGAGUUUUGCAAACAGCGCCUCCCUCAGUUAAAUAUUGCAGAUAACAAGUUUCUGACCUGCACCGAGGAGGACGGCGGCAGGCUGGUAUUUCACCACGCCCAGGAUGUCAUUUUGGAGGUGAUCUACACUGAUCCCAUAGAUCUUUCCCUUGGAACAGUGGCUGAAAUUAGUGGUCACCAGCUAAGGAGCUUGUCCACAGUGAACGCAAAGAAAGACCCGAGCUGCAAGAUCUGCAACAUCAGUGUUGGACGUUAAUCUGUACAUACUGUUCAUGUGAAAAAAAAAAAAAAAAACUCAGAUUGUCUUACUGCUUAAAUGUUCCAUUUCCCAUUCUGCAGACUCUCUCUCAGAAGCACGCAUAUGCAGCUUUACCAAACAGCACGUUUGUUUUGUUUUUCUUAAAAGGGUUUAUUUUUCUCUCCUGAAAUAGAUUUGUUCGUGUUCCUUGUUCUUUUCUGAGGUAUUCGUGAAGUCCCUGCCAAAGCAAACAGUAACGAUGCUUUUUCUGCCCCCAUGGCUGAAUGCUUAACAGACAAUUUCUACUGUUUUAGAGCGGCAAUGUACUGAUUUGCCUAAAGUAACACAAACUGAUUUGAAACUGCUGUAGAAAAGCAACGGUAACGGCUUCUAAAUGGCAUCUUGUGAUAAAAUAAAAUUACUGGAUCAUUUUAAGAGAGCAUGAUACUUGCAGAGACUUGCAGCAUGAAUUUAAUAUUGAAAAAACUAGGAAUGUCAGCACUUCCAACUUGUUGUUCAACAGUGUUACAUGUUAUUUAUUCUAG